AUGUCCACACCUUUGAUGCAGUCAGGCCCUCUCUUUGAACCCAAUCCCACCCCAUCAGACACUCUAUGUGAUCCACCUUUGCCUCUCAGUCAUCUUCAAUUGCUGGACACAUCCAAGUCUCUGGGCAAUGGUUUUGGAAAUCAUCCAAAUGCCAAAGAUGAUACAGAUGGUCAUAUUUGCUUUGACAUGCUGAGUCAGGCCCUGGAGAGCCUGGAAAAUCUCAAACUUGAAGACAACAAGAGCAAAUACUGUGAAGAAGAGGAAACACAAGACCCCAAUCUCACAAGAGCCAGAGCUCAAGAGGCCAUUGGUUGGCAUCCAUUCAAAAAUAAGGAAGUAAGUGAGAUGAACCCCCAUGCAUGCAUAUAG